AUGGCGAACCACACCACUGUCACUGAAUUUGUCCUGCUGGGGCUCUCAGAUGCCUGUGAGCUGCAGAUGCUCAUCUUCCUGGGCUUCCUCCUGACCUACCUCCUCACUCUGCUGGGGAAUCUCCUCAUUGUGGUCAUCACCCUCAUAGACAGGCGUCUCCACACCCCCAUGUACUACUUCCUCCGCAACUUUGCUGUCCUGGAGAUCUGCUUCACCUCCGUUAUCUUCCCCAAGAUGCUGACCAACAUCCUGACCGGAUACAAGACCAUCUCCUUCCCAGGCUGUUUCCUACAAAGUUUCUUCUAUUUCUCCCUGGGCAUCACAGAGUUCUUCCUACUGGCAGUGAUGUCCUUUGACAGGUAUGCGGCCAUAUGUAACCCCCUGCGCUAUGUCACCAUCAUGAACAAGAGGGUCUGCGUUCAGCUAGUUCUUUGUUCAUGGGUGACAGGAUUUCUUCUGAUCAUCAGUCCAACAUUCAUCAUACUUCAGCAGCCAUUUUGUGGUCCCAAUAUCAUUAAUCAUUUCUUCUGUGACAACUUUCCCCUCCUGGAGCUCAUAUGUGCAGACACAAGUCUGAUAGAGCUUCUGGGUUUUAUUGUGGCCAACUUCAGCAUACUGGGCACUCUGUGUGUGACAGCCACCUGCUAUGGCCACAUCUUCUACACAGUCCUGCACAUCCCUUCAGUCAAAGAGAGACAGAAAGCCCUCUCAGUCUGCUCCUCCCACAUCAUUGUCGUGUCUCUCUUCUAUGGCAGCUGCAUCUUCAUGUAUGUCCGGUCUGGCAAGGGCAGCCAAGGGGAGGACAGGAACAAGGUGACGGCCUUGCUCAACACCAUGGUGACUCCAAUGCUUAACCCCUUUAUCUACACCUUGAGAAACAAACAGCAUGAGCCUUCUUGCCCGCCGCCACCGGCGCUGCACCGGCAGCGGACAGAGCGCGCCAGGGCUCCGGGCGCACAGCUUCAGGAUGCCCUGUGCCCUCUGUCCCGGCGCCGGAGGAGCUCGGGCGGGGGCCAGCUGCAGGCAAACUGUGGGUGA